AUGGCAUCAGCAUCAGGAUCACCAGAAGCCACGCCCCAGACUUAUGUCUCUGGUUUCGGCUCACUUGCCAGCUUCAUCGUCACCGAUGAUGACCACAAGUCUGUAGUCUACAAGCGCUUCGACAAACUCUCCACGAGGAACAUUUUGUACUACCAGAGCGAACUCUCGCACCUCCAGGCACAGCAAGAUGGCUACGACAUGCAGGACAGCCUCGACAUCGAGAACGAUAACAGACCAGACGCGAGGGAGCACCGCUCCUGGAUCCGAAGAUGUGCAGGGAGUUGGGAGGAAUUUGAAAAGGCGGCCUUUCACUCGGCGCCAGCCGACCAUGGUGCCGUAACGAGGACGCAGCCUGACAAGAUGUGGAGGGAAAGGAUGGACCUCGCAAUGAGGAUCCGGGCCACGCUGAAGGAGUACCAAGAAGCUUUGAUCCGGGAGUCAACAACGACAUUGACACCAUCGGGAGGAAACGCACCCUCAACAUACCCCAUGCUUUCUGGAGCCAGCUCGUCCCUAUAUCCCCUCAGAAUGAGCACGGCACACAUCCGCGGUUCCGACUAUGUUUCUUUGACAGGUCGCGACGAACCAGACGUGCUCACGCGGCUCCUCCAUAUGACCCUGCCACGCCUCUUCCGGACCAAGCCGCCCCCCGUGCUGCCCCAGUACAACACAAUCUGGUACUACUCGUACGAGCGUGUCAAGCUCGUGGCCUCGCUGAUCACGACGCUCACGGCCAUCAUGUUGUUAUUCUUGCCCAUUUAUGCGCUCUAUCACACAAACUCGUCACACCCGCAGCUGAGCAUCGGCCUGAUCGCCCUGUUCACUGUGGUAUUUGCGGUUUCGCUGCGGGCGAUGACGACAGCGAGCAGGGUCGAGAUUUUUGGUGCUUGUGCGGCAUACGCAGCUGUUCUUGUUGUUUUUAUAAGUGGAGAUUUUGCGGGCGGUGGGAAUAAUGGCAUGGCCGCAGUCGUGGCUUCUAGUUGA